UUGAACGUGCUAGUGCGUGAACACUCCCAAUCUUUGUUCGAUACCCGUUCCUCUCAACGCUUCUCAUAAGUCCACCUCCCUGCCAGGCGUCUUUUCCAACUCCUCCGCAGAAUCGGCACCCAAGACCGCCCCGAGAUUACGUGGAGUCUCCGUCCCGGUGCCGUCCCUUUCGUUCCAGCUUCUCGACAGGAUGGCUUCCACCUUCUCCAAAGCAGCGUGUCGCGCGCGAAACCGUUCCGCUGGUGUGGCCCUUCCGUACCUUUCCGCGCGCGCCUUAUCCGGUGAGCCCGAGGACGCGGUCGUGAACGACUCGGAAACAGUGUCCACCGAAUCGUUGCUGUCCGCCCGCUUGGCAUGUGGUGGCAGGGGGACGUAGGUCUGAGGCAUCCUCUGCGGGGACUUCUUCAGGCGAUUGCGGAAGGGCGAUGACUCUGCGCUAGACGGGAAGGGAAGGAGUGGCGGC